CCUCGAUCUCUUACCCCUUUCAUUUUUCUUUUCUUUUUUGUGUGCUCCUCGCCUUUCCUUUCCUUUUUUUCUUUCUUUAUCUAUCCUUGUGUUUCUUAUUCCAUUCAUUUUCAGCACGCACAUAAUCACAAAUGGGACUUGGUUUAGAGAAAUGUUGUUGCCUCAUUCCACUUAGAUUAGGUACUUUUUUCAUUGCCAUCUGGUUUUUUGCUAUAUACUUGUUUUACUCUGCAACUGGUUUUGUAGGUGUAAAUGCUAUUGUAUUCUAUUCAGGUCAAGCAGCAAGACCUUGGUACUACAUUAAUUUAUUAUUUACUGUAUUUAUUUGUGUUGGUGGUUUAUGUGGUAUUGCUGGUUCAUUGUUCGCCUCACGAAGAUUUUCGAAAGCAUUUAGUGUCAUUGUUUGGAUUAGUUGUAUUCUAUCUAUGCUAGUCUAUGUCAUCUCACUUGUAUUGAUGGCAGUAAAUUCCCAAAAUGUGAUCGAAUCAUGCAUGGUGGUGGGUUUUGUAGGUGUACAAAAUGCUCAACGAAAUAUUUCCCCGGUACGAAUCAGCGACACAGAUUUUUACUCGCCUGUCAAAUACCCAGGUUUGAUGACAGAGCAUGCUGCAAGUGAAAGUGAUUGUGCUCGUAUGCUUAAACUUUUUACGAUCUUGUUUGGCAUCAUUAUUUUUAUUGUACAAUUAGUUCAGAUUUAUUUCGCCUAUGUUGUCGGUGCCUAUGCCAAAAGACUGUCCAAUGGUGCACGCCAUCAUCGAUUGCAUGCUCAACAAAUCAAAGACUUUGAAGAAUCAAGAUACCACAUGUCUACUGUGUAUUAAACAAACAAACAAUCCCUCCUCUAGUUGUACAUACAUGAUCUCUCACCCAAUCUUAAGGCGGGGACUAAAAAUAUAUUGGUGCAUCCCACCCAUUAUACUUCCUAUUUUUGAUUCAAACAAUAAUAGACAAAAGUAAAAUCGAACCAUUUCUAAAUUACAAAAUUAAAUCUUUACGCAUAACUAAUAUAUACAAAAAUGGUUUACUUGAUGUGACAAACCAACUAAUUCUAUCUUUAA